AUGACAGCGCAACAGUCUUCCGCUGGAACCGCCACUCCCCCUGAUCCUUCCGCCAUUCCCUCAGAUCCUUCCGCCACUCCUCCUGAUCCUUCCGCCUCUUCCCCAGCGGCUUCCGCCACUCCCCCAGAUGCUUCCGCCACUCCGUCAGCGCCUUCCGCCACUCCCCCAGAUGCUUCCGCCACUCCGUCAGCGCCUUCCGCCACUCCCCCAGCACCUUCCGCGACUCCUCCAGAUCCUUCCGCCAUUCCCUCAGAUCCUUCCGCCACUCCCCCAGCGCCUUCCGCCAGUCCCCGAGCGCCGUCUGCUAGUCCUCCAGCGCCUGCUGCGCCGCCGUUGGCGGAGGCAGAGGGAGGAGGGCAGGGUCAGGAUGAGGGGCAGAGUCAGGGGCGAGGGGAGGCGGAGCGGGGCGGAGAGGAGGGGGGAGGAGGAAAAGAGACGCAAUCGGGUGGGGGUCAGGGGCAGGGGCAGAGCGGGGGAGGGGAGACGGCGGAGAGCUGGUACAAGAUAAAGCGCGUGGCGUUCCUGGGGCGGCAGCAGGUGCCCAUCGUCAUGCAAAACGACAACGGGCCCUGCCCCCUGCUUGGCAUUGCUCUUCACCCCCCUGCCCCUUCCUUGCAUUUCUGCUCACCCCCUUACAAACAGCCAUCACCCACCCUCCCUCCUUUUACAACAUUCCCCCUUGCACUCACCUCAUCCCUCCUCUGUUCAUUCCCCCUUCCAUCCGUCCCCCUCUUCCUUCUGCUGCUCCGCAACACCAUCUCCCUCCGCUCCAGCGCCACUGAGAUCUCUUUCGAGUCAACUCAGAGCACGUGUUUCUAUUCCAUAUUCCCCUCUCACUUCCUUCCGUCGCAGCCAAUGUGUGCUGCUCCGCAACGCCAUCUCCCUCCGCCCCAGCGCCACCGAGAUCUCCCAAUCAGACCUGCUGUCUCUGGUGGCACACCGACUGCUGGACAGCAACACAGGCAUGGAGGUAUGUGCGUGGAAGGGGGAGGUUUUUGGGGCCGUUCAGCAGAGUACAUAAGCAACAGGCAGCAGAACGUGGCAGACUGCAUGGCUCUGCUGCCGCGCCUCGCCACGGGGAUUGACGUCAACGUGCGCUUCACAGGCAUCCACGCGUUUGAGUUCACACCAGAGACGGCCAUCUUUGACCUGCUGGACAUCAGCCUCGUGCAUGGCUGGCUGGUGGACUCGCAGGACUCGGCCACAGCAGCAGCAGUGGGCUCCCUCUCCUACAACAGCAUCGUGGAGCGCCUAGUCGCCCUGCAGGCCUCCCACCCCGACCUUGCUGCUGCUCUGCUGGGCGGGGGAGGGGGAGGAGGGGGAGGGGGAGGGGGAAGCGGGGAAGGGGGAGUUGGGGGAGUAGCUUCCGAGCCUGUUCCUGCAUCCGAGCCUGCAUCGGUUUCCGAGCCUCGUACAUCCUCCGAGCCUCUUUCUGCCUCGGCUGCCCGAGCCUGUGCUGCUGCAGAAGAAACAAGCGGGGCGGAGUGUGAGAGGGAUACAGAGGGAGAAAGUGUAGAGAGAAGACAGAAGGGUGGUGAGGGGUUGGAGGGGGUAGAGAGUGGUGCAGAGUCGAGGCAGGGGGGUGAGGCUGCUUCUGCUCCAGAAAGGCCUGCUGAAGAGAAGGUUAGAAGCGACGAGGAGCAAUGUACCAACCACAUCUACCUGCUGGUGACGGAUCAGGGCCAUCUCAACCAACCCGGCGUCAUGUGGGAGAGGUGGGAUGAGACAACUCACUCCCUUCCUACCUUCAAUCCCCGCCUUCUCCCUGCCAUGACCCCCAGAGCACCAACCACAUCUAACCCGGCAUCGUGUGGGGGAGGCUGGGGCAGGUGGAGGGGGAAAAAUCACUCCCUUGCCUCCCUUGCCCCACUUCCUUCCGUGACCCGUCCCUCCCUCUCCCCACCCACAGCGUACCAACCACAUCUACCUGCCGGUCACCGAUCAGGUCUAUCUGAACCAGCCGGGCAUUGUGUGGGAGAGGCUGGGGCAGGUGGAGGGAGACAACUCACUCUCCCUUCCCCACCCUGCCACCCUUGUUACCCCCAGCGCACCAGCCACAUCUACCUGCUGGUGACGGAUCAGGUCUAUCUGAACCAGCCGGCCAUUGUGUGGGAGAGGCUGGGGCAGGUGGAGGGAGACAACUCACUCUCCCUUCCCCACCCUGCCACCCUUGUUACCCCCAGCGCACCAGCCACAUCUACCUGCUGGUGGAGGGCGACAACACGCUCUGUGAGGGGGAUUUUACUCCCUCAACUCUCGUCCUCACUUCGCUCCCUUCGCUCCCUUCUCUUCCGUCUCUCCCACCUCUCCUUGCCUCAGCGCACCAGCCACAUCUACCUGCUGGUGACGGAUCAGGGCUACCUCAACCAGCCGGGCGUGGUGUGGGAGAGGCUGGGGCAGGUGGAGGGAGACACCACGCUCUGUGAGGGGGACUUCACUCCCUUUGCUCCUCCGCCGUCUCUGGCCCUGGCUCAUGGGGGGGAGGGGGCUGCUGCACAGUGGACACACGAGGACGAUGCUGCAAUUGCCGCUGCUGCCGCUGCUGUGGAGGGAGACACCACACUCUGUGAGGGGGACUUCACUCCCUUUGCUCCUCCACCGUCGCUGGCCCUGAGUCAUGACGGCGCUGCUGCUGCACAGUGGACGCAUGAGGACGAUGCUGCCAUUGCCGCCGCUGCCGCUGCUGUGAGUGACACAUGCAUGCAGGCAUGCUAUAAAAGGGCAGGGAAGGAUUGGAGCUCGUGCAACCCAUGCAAGCCACCCAACGCCCUGACUGACACACUAGCCCAUGGGGGCAUGGAAGGGUUGGAGCUCGUGCCAGGCAUGGACGCAUACCAAUCGCCAACUGGCUCUGAUGUCACAGCAGCAGGAGGUGGAGGCAGCAGAGAGGCAGCAGGCAGGGGGGAGAGGAUGUGUGAAGAAUGCUCCUUGUCUCAUCCCCUUAUGCCCUCUUCCCCUUCUCCUGCUACUUCUCUUUCCGACCUUCAACUCGCCCUGAUGCUGCAGCAGCAGGAGGUGGAAGCAGCAGAGAGGCAGCAGGCAGGGGGGGAAGAUCAGGGGGAGUACAGCAGGUGCGCAGUGAAGGGGGAAGCGGGGGAGGGGCGUGGGGGCGGGAAGGAGCAGUGGGAGGGGCAGCAGGGCCUAUAG